AUGGAAUCGCAGCAUGUCCAUAACACCAACAUGGGCAAGAGCACAACCACAUAGGUCAGGUCUCUGCCACACAGUUAUAAGCCGGCAAUCAGGAACGGUCAGUAUCACCUAAGAUAAUGUUAAGAGCUAGGCAAAGGUUGACUAAACCAAGGAUAACAACAUUAAUAUAA